AUGUUAAAUCUCGAAGAAUUAGCAUUACUUAUCUCAGUGACAAGAAUUAAAUUACCUUAUAUCGAUGGUACUCGUUUAGACAAUGAUUUUCUUGUUCAAAUAUCACGACUAAACAAAUUUACAUUCAGUAUAAACACUCUUGUUGACGAUAAAGAUGUUGAAAUUGAUCUCCCAUCGAAUGAUGAUAUUCAAAAUAGUUUUAUCCAAAUAGGAUACCAACAUCUGGAUUCAUAUGCAAAUCUUAUGACAAUUGGAGCCAGAUGCCAUGCAUGUUCACUUCCAUAUCAAUUCGAUCCUUUUUUUUAUAUCUAA